CAGUGCAGCCAACAGUGCUGUCCGACAAACAUACAGACACACCACAGUAGAUUUGCAGUUCAUCAGCAUCAGCAUCGUUCGUUUCGUUUCGUUUGGCUCGUCGCAGGCAGCCAUCAAAAGUUUUUGUGAUAAUCACUUUAAAAGCGGACAUUUUCUGUAAGUGAUUAAACUCGCCGAUAUUCGAGCGUUGCGCGAUUUGGCUAAAUUCGUUCACCCAAUGCAGAGGCAUUGAUUCGGGUUCGACGUGACAGUGGCAUAUCGUUGCAUAAAUUUCGCCUUUAGUGUAAGCGAAAGGAAAAGUUCGACAUUUUUGUCCGGUGUUAUUUCUUUUAGGGGAAAAUCGACUAAAAAUCGUUCAGCUUUUAAAUGUCAGAGCCUCAGUCUUCGUUGUUGCUGAAAAAACAGUUAGCAGAACUGAGCAAAAACCCCGUGGAAGGAUUUUCGGCUGGCUUGAUCGAUGACAAUGAUAUUUUCAGAUGGGAAGUACUUAUAAUUGGGCCUCCAGACACGUUAUACGAGGGCGGUUUCUUCAAGGCACACCUGCACUUCCCGAAGGAGUACCCGCUGCGGCCUCCGCGCAUGAAGUUCGUAACAGAGAUCUGGCACCCGAACAUCGACCGCAACGGCGACGUGUGCAUUAGCAUCCUGCAUGAGCCCGGCGAUGACAAGUGGGGCUACGAGAAGGCCUCCGAACGUUGGCUGCCGGUGCACACCGUGGAAACGAUCCUGAUAUCGGUGAUUUCGAUGCUGGCCGACCCCAACGACGAAUCGCCGGCGAAUGUGGACGCGGCGAAGGAAUGGCGAGAGGCGUAUCCAGAUUUUAAACGAAAGGUGGCACGGUGUGUACGGAAGAGUCAAGAGGAUUGUUAGUAGGAUUUUUUAAUAAUCUUAUAUUUAUUAAUUAAUUAAUUAUUACUAUUCUAAUGAGAAAGGAAAGAAUUUGAUGACGAAGAUGAUGAUGAUGAUUAUGAUUGAUAAUAAUGAUGUCGAUGGUUGGUUUUCCCUCCUCGAACAAAGAAAGAAGCACAGCAUGCAAAAAACAGAAUAUUAGAAGACGCUGCAAUACAUCGUUCGCUUUCGAGAUUUUGCAAAUUUUAAUUCGAGGGGCGAAUUGUCCUCUGUGAUUUGAGCAUGGGUUGUUUUUCAGAUAUUUUUUGAACGAUCAAAGGGCAUGAUCCAUUGUGUAGUGUGUUUUUUUUUCAAAAAUGCUCCGCAUUUCUGUCCCUUAGUGAUAAUUUUAGUUCAGUUUUUGUCAGCUGAAAAUAAAAACCCAUUAAAACGUGCUCUAUUUUCUAAGUACUUUGGGGCGAUUACAAACCGCAUAUCAAUUGAGAAAUUUCCGAAAGAGACCGAACAGUUUUUUGCGAUGUGUUUUGAUUAGUUUAGAUAAAGUGCUUCAAAACGUAAGCGAACGCUCAGCAGGUGGUAAAUCAAUAGGAAAUCGAUUUUCGUGAACAGUUUGAUAUGAAAAGUUGACAGCUAGGAAAGUAAAAAAGGAUGCAUGCUCGAACGCCCACACUCAGGAAAUGAAUCACACGUUUGUCCUGUUACAAACAAAAUUCUGUACUUGCGUAUGUAGUGACUCCUCAGACUUAACAGGAGAGUGAAGCAAAUAAAAUAGAAUCACUCAGCCAAAACAAAAAGUAUAAACCUUUGUGACUGCUCAUUUGUAUUCAGCUGUCAAGACGAAAACAAGCUGUAAUGAGAUUGAUACUAAAUAUAAGUUAAAUUAAUUUUUCAUAGGACCUUUCGCAGUGCUUUGUUCUGUACUUCAGGCGAAAGGAAAUGAACAUGCUUUUAAAUUACGUUAAAAUCUGAAACUUUUGUGUGAUAUGUACUUCUGUUUCCUAUGACGCUAACCUAAUCAGAUUCAAAUAGAAGGAUUGCCACUGGGCAUCUGGACAUGUAAAUAGUGCAGUUUUCACAGACAGACAAGCAAGCAACGUGUAACCAAACCAAACCGACUAAGUAACUUCUACUGCAUCCUUUGGAUCUAUGGUUAAGAAUAAUCCUGCUGAAGUAAAUAUCUACCCUUACACUAACAACUAAAAUCAUCCAAAAGUCAGCGAAUUAUUACCACCCACAAGGACAGCACUUAUUCUUCUCCUUAAACAAUACAAGUAAUGUUAAGUUCGCUAGAAUAAAAAAGGACGAUUAACAGUAA